AUGCUUUCAGCAGCAAACGAUAGCUGGUUCUACGCGGAUGCCCGGGAGGCACAGGAGUCAAAGGACCACUACAUGGAGGAGAUGUCAGACACGGCUGACGCCAUAGAGAUGGCAACACUGGACAAAGAGAUGGCUGAAGAGCGGUCAGAGUCGCUGCAAGUGGAGGUGGACACGCUGAAGGAAAAGGUGGAGGAGCUCUCCAUGGACCUGGAGAUCCUUAGACAUGAGAUUUCAGAGAAAGGGUCAGAUGGAGCUGCCUCGAGUUACCAUGUCAAACAGCUGGAGGAGCAGAAUAGCAGACUGAAGGAGGCAUUGGUUCGGAUGCGGGACCUGUCUACUUCAGAGAAGCAGGAGCAUCUGAAGCUGCAGAAGCAGAUGGAGAAGAAGAACACUGAGCUGGAGACUCUUAGGACUCAGAAGGAAAAGCUGCAGGAAGAUGUGAAGCAGGCGGAGGCUACAGUCGACGAACUGAAGGAGCAGGUGGAUGCUGCUCUGGGGUCAGAGGAGAUGGUGGAGACCCUGACGGAGAGGAACCUCGACCUGGAGGAGAAAGUCAGAGAGCUGAGAGAAACCGUCACUGAUUUGGAGGCCAUCAACGAGAUGAACGAUGAGCUCCAGGAGAACGGCCGGGAGACGGAAAUGGAGCUGAGGGAGCAUGUGGAUCUGAGCGGAGCAAAGGUCAGAGAGGCUGAAAAAAAGGUGGAGGCUGCCCAGGAGACUGUAGCUGAUUACCAGCAGACCAUCAACAAAUACCGAGAUCUGACCACCAGCCUACAGGAUGCCAACAGGGAGCUGAUCAGCCAGCAGAAUGCAAAUGCUGAACAAGUUCAACAACCGCCUGCUGAACUGUUUGACUUCAAGAUUAAGUUUGCAGAGACCAAGGCCUAUGCUAAGGCCAUUGAGAUGGAGCUGAGGAAAAUGGAGGUGGCUCAGUCGAACAGACAGGUGUCCCUCCUCACCUCCUUCAUGCCAGACUCCUUCCUCCGUCAUGGGGGAGAUCACGACUGUAUUCUGGUCCUUCUGCUCAUCCCCCGGCUCAUCUGCAAGGCUGAGCUGAUCAGUAAACAGGCCCAGGAGAAGUUUGACCUGAACGGGAACUUGCCCCAGGGGCUCCGGGGGCCUCCAGGAGAUCAGCGCAGCUUUGCCUCAGGACUGGUCUACUCCCUCAGCCUGCUGCAGGCCACUCUGCAUAAAUAUGAACAGGCUCUGAAUACCUGCAGCGUGGAGGUCUUUAAGCGCAUGGGUACACUCUACUCUGAAAUGAGCUUCCAUGAGCGCUCUCUGGACUAUUUCAUCGACCUGCUGCAUAAAGAUCAGCUGGAUGAGACCGUUCAGGUGGAACCUCUCACCAAGGCCAUCAAGUACUACCAGCAACUGUACAGCGUCCAUCUGGCAGAUCACACUGAAGACUGCACAGUGCAGCUGGCUGACCACAUUAAGUUUACUCAGAGUGUCCUGGACUGCAUGGGGGUGGAGGUGGCUCGUCUGCGGGCGUUCCUGACUGCAGGUCAGGAGGGCUCCAACUUUGCUGUCCUUCUGAAGGACCUGGACACUUCCUGCUCUGAUAUCAAACAGUUCUGCAAGAAGAUCCGCCGUCGCAUGCCCGGGACAGAUGUUGUUGGAGUACCUGUUGCUCUCAAUUUUGGACCACAGGUAUCUGAGUUGCUGACGGAGUGCAGGCGCCAGCACACCCGUGUGGUGGCUGUGCUGCAGGAGGUGGCUGCAGCUGGAGCUCAGAUGGUGGCUCAGGUGGCAGAACAGGAGGGGCUCAACGCUCUCAAACUGGAGGAUAUCGCCUGCAAGGCUGUGGAGCAGGUGUAUGGCUCUCAUGGCCUGAACGGCACAGAGUGUCUGCGUCAGUCCUGCAGCGCCGUCAUCACCUCCAUGAACAAGAUGGCUACGGCCAUGCAGGAGGGAGAGUACGAUGCUGACAAACCACAGGGCCAGACUCUUCCAGUGGAAGCAAGAGCAGCCACUGUCAGGGCUGAGAUGACUGAUGCUGAAGGUCUAGGAGUGAAACUAGAAGACAGAGAGAUGGUCAUCAAGGAAGUCAAGAAGUCCCUCAAGAUCAAGGGUGAGGAGCUGAGUGAGGCAAGUGUCCGUCUGAGCCUGCUGGAGAAGAAGCUGGAUACCUCCACUAAAGACGCAGAUGAACGGGUGGAGAAGAUUCAGACCAAACUGGACGAGAACCUUGCCCUGCUGAAGAAGAAAGAAAAGGAGUUUGAGGAAACCAUGGAUGCCCUGCAGGCUGACAUCGACCAGCUGGAGGCGGAGAAGGCGGAGCUGAAGCAACGUAUUACCAGCCAAUCGAAGAUGACCAUCGAAGGCCUGAGAGCCCCAGCUGCCUCUGGAAUUGCCAACAUUGUUCAGGGAUCUGCAGGAGGUCUGCCUCCAUCCAUGGCAGGAUCGGUGCAGGUGGUGGACUCUCCUCUGCUCCGGCAGCAGGUGGAAGCUCAGAGGUUGGGAAUCAAGCACCUCAAGAAUGAAAACAACAGACUCAAGGCGGAGAAGAUGAGAGCCCAGCUGGCCUCCCUGCCUCCCCUCUGCCCUGCCAAACUACCACAAGCUUCCAAAGAUAGCUCCAUGCCACCAGAGGGACUGAACACAGGCAUCUACCGCAGGACCGACCAACUGCUGGCAACCCUUCUGAAGCUGAGUUCAGAGGUGAAGGUGGUGGACAUCACCGGGAAGACAGCAGUGAGUGCCGGCGCCCAGAUGAUGGAGCAGACGGCUCGACUGCAGAACCUCAGUAACGCUCUGGACAAACUCAAGGGAGAAGUAGCUGAACAUGUCAUCUCUCAUAACCCUGGAGCUAAGGCUUCCUCCGACUUUGCCACCUUCCCCGUCUCCUCCUUUGUGAAGGCCAAGGAAGAGAAGCAGGGGGGAACAGUGUUUGUAGGGCGUGUUGCCAUCCCAUGCACCCGCGGACAGGAACAAGUGCACCGCCUCGUCCUGUCCCAGCAGCAGCUGCACAAAGUGCACCGCCUCCUCAUGGCCUAACACAACGGCCCACUGGCCCACAGCACAUCGAAAAAGUGCUCUUCUUCUUUUUCCUCAUUCCAACUUUCACUUUACUUCAACAUUCACCUAUUUAUCCACUUUUUUUUUGUCUUGAUUCUCAUGAAAUUAUUUCCGAUGUUAAGACUUUAGCACUAAUGAAAUUGAGGCACAGCAAUUACUUUAAAGUGACGUAAAACUGAUGUUUAUGUUUUGAAUGGAUUCGACUUCUGAAUGUCACACAAUGAAGGUGUCAUGUUUUUAUGCAUGUUUCACUAACUUAGUGGGAAAAGCUGGCAACAUCAUUUUUACUGUUCUUGCCGCCAUUGAUAGUUUCCCUUUGUAUUAAUUCAGACAAUAAAAGCAAGCAAUUCACUUCAGACCAAGAAA